CACAUGGGGGGCCAUAUUUAACCCAGCUCCCAGCUCAGCCACCAGCCCCUGCAGGACAGAGCAGGCCCCAAAGUCUUCCCUGCCCACUCUGCCUGCUCAUCCCCCACCAUGUUUCUUGUUCUUGUAGCCACUGAGGAGCUGAAGGAAUUCUUUGCCAAGGCACGGGCUGGCUCUAUUCGGCUCAUCAAAGUCGUCAUUGAGGAUGAGCAGCUCGUGCUGGGUGCCUCACAGGAGCCGGUGGGCCGCUGGGACCAGGACUAUGACAGGGCUGUGCUGCCACUGCUGGAUGUCCAGCAGCCCUGCUACCUGCUCUACCGCCUCGACUCACAGAAUGCUCAGGGCUUUGAGUGGCUCUUCCUUGCCUGGUCGCCUGAUAAUUCUCCCGUACGGCUGAAGAUGCUGUAUGCGGCCACACGGGCUACUGUGAAAAAGGAGUUUGGGGGCGGUCACAUCAAGGAUGAGCUCUUCGGAACUGUGAAGGAUGACCUCUCCUUUGCUGGUUACCAGAAGCACCUGUCGUCCUGUGCGGCACCUGCCCCAUUGACCUCAGCUGAGAGAGAGCUUCAGCAGAUCCGUAUCAAUGAGGUGAAGACAGAGAUCAGUGUGGAAAGCAAGCACCAGACCCUGCAGGGCCUCGCCUUCCCCCUGCAGCCUCAGGCCCAGCGGGCGCUUCAGCAGCUUAAACAGAAGAUAAUCAACUACAUCCAGCUGAAGCUGGAUCUGGAGCGGGAGACCAUCGAGCUGGUACACACAGAGCCCACAGAUGUGUCCCAGCUGCCCUCACGAGUGCCCCGAGAUGCUGCCCGCUACCACUUCUUCCUCUACAAGCACACCCAUGAGGGUGACCCCCUCGAGUCUGUGGUGUUCAUCUACUCGAUGCCGGGCUACAAGUGCAGCAUCAGGGAGCGCAUGCUCUACUCCAGCUGCAAGAGCCGCCUCCUUGACUCUGUAGAGCAGGACUUCCACCUGGAGGUCUCCAAGAAGGGCCCCUGCCGCAGAGCCCUGCAUCCCCCAUCUCUCCUGGUGCAGGCUGCAACACUGGCUGUGGCCCUGGCCCUCGGCACCCUGCCUGCCUUCCUGCCCUGUGAGCUCCAGCCACACGGCCAGGUGAGCUGCAACUGGCUGUUCCUGAAGUCCGUGCCCCGUUUCUCUGCUGCGGCGCCCUGUAGCAACGUCACCAGUCUUUCCUUGCUCUCCAACCGCAUCCACCACCUCCACGACUCUGACUUCACCCAUCUGUCCAGCCUGCGGAGGCUCAACCUCAAGUGGAACUGCCCACCGGCCAGCCUCAGCCCCAUGCAUUUCCCCUGCCACAUGACCAUCGAGCCCAACACCUUCCUGGCCGUGCCCACCCUGGAGGAGCUGAACCUCAGCUACAAUGGCAUCACGACUGUGCCUGCCCUGCCCAAAUCCCUUGUGUCCCUAUCCCUGAGCCGCACCAACAUCCUGAUGCUAGACCCCUCCAGUCUUGCUGGCCUGAAUGCCCUGCGUUUCCUAUUCAUGGAUGGCAACUGCUACUACAAGAAUCCCUGUGGGCGGGCAGUGGAGGUGGCCCCAGGCGCCCUCCUUGGCCUGAGCAACCUCACCCACCUGUCGCUCAAGUACAACAACCUCACAGUGGUGCCCCGCAACCUGCCCCCCAGUCUGGAGCACCUACUGUUGUCCUACAACCACAUUGUCAAACUGGCACCUGGAGACCUGGCCAGUCUGACCGCCCUGCGUGUGCUUGACGUGGGUGGGAACUGCCGACGCUGUGACCAUGCCCGCAACCCCUGUGUGGAGUGUCCUUAUCAUUCCCUCCAGCUACACCCCGAUACUUUCAGCCACCUGGGCCAUCUCGAAGGCCUGGUGUUGAAGGACAGUUCUCUCUACAGUCUGGACUCCAGAUGGUUUCGUGGUCUGGGCAACCUCACAGUGCUGGACCUGAGUGAGAACUUCCUCUAUGACUGCAUCACCUAUACCAUGGCCUUCCAGGGCCUGGCACAGUUGCGCAAGCUCAACCUGUCUUUCAAUUACCAGAAGAGGGUGUCUUUUGCCCACCUGCAUUUGGCACCCUCCUUUGGGAGCCUGAUCUCACUGCGGGAGCUGGACAUGCAUGGCAUCUUCUUCCGCUCACUCAGUGAGACCACACUCCGACCGCUGGUCCACCUGCCCAUGCUCCAGAAUCUGCAUCUGCAGAUGAACUUCAUCAACCAGGCCCAGCUUAGCAUUUUCGGGGCCUUCCCCAGCUUGCGCUGCGUGGACCUGUCAGACAACCGAAUCAGCGGAGCUUCAAAGCUGGUGGCCACCACAGGGAAGGCAGAUGGCAGGGAGAAGAUCUGGCUGCGGUCUGGGGAUCUUGCUUUAGCCCCACUGGACACUCCCAGCUCUGAGGACUUCAUGCCCAGCUGCAAGACCCUUGAUUUCACCUUGGACCUGUCACGGAACAACCUGGUGACAGUCCAGCCAGGGAUGUUUGCCCAGCUCUCACACCUCCAGUGCCUGCGCCUGAGCCACAACAGCAUUGCGCAGGCUGUCAAUGGCUCGCAGUUCCUGCCACUAACCAGACUGAGGGUGCUGGACCUGUCCCAUAACAAGCUGGACCUGUACCAUGGGCGCUCGUUCACGGAGCUGCCACGACUGGAGGCCCUGGACCUCAGCUACAACAGCCAGCCCUUCAGCAUGCAGGGUAUAGGCCACAACCUCAGCUUUGUGGCCCAGUUGCCCACCCUGCGCUACCUCAGCCUGGCGCACAAUGACAUCCACAGCCGUGUGUCCCAGCAGCUCUGCAGCACUUCCCUGAGGGCCCUGGACUUCAGCGGCAAUGACCUGAACCGUAUGUGGGCCGAAGGAGACCUCUACCUUCACUUCUUCCAAGGCCUGAAAGGUUUGGUCCGGUUGGACCUGUCCCAGAAUCACCUGCACACCCUCCUUCCCCGCAACCUGGACAACCUCCCCAAGAGCCUGCAGCUGCUGCAUCUCCGUGACAAUUACCUGGCCUUCUUUAACUGGAGCAGCCUGGCCCUCCUACCCAACUUGGAAGCCCUAGACCUGGCAGGAAAUCAGCUGAAGGCUCUGACCAAUGGCAGCCUGCCCGCUGGCAUGCGGCUGAAGAGGCUGGACCUCAGCAGCAACAGCAUCAGCUUCGUGGCCUCUGGCUUCUUUGCCCUGGCUGUGGAGCUGCGAGAGCUCAACCUCAGUGACAAUGCCCUCAAGACGGUGGAGGCCUCCUGGUUUGGGCCCCUGGUGGGUGCCCUGAAAAUACUAGACGUGAGUGCCAACCCUCUGCACUGUGCCUGUGGGGCGGCCUUUGUGGACUUCCUGCUGGAGGUGCAGGCUGCCGUGCCGGGUCUGCCCAGCCACGUGAAGUGUGGCAGUCCAGGCCAGCUCCAGGGCCACAGCAUCUUCGCGCAGGACCUGCGCCUCUGCCUGGAUGAGGCCCUCUCCUGGGACUGUUUUGGCCUCUCGCUGCUGGUGGUGGCUCUGGGCCUGGCUGUGCCUCUGCUGCACCACCUUUGCGGCUGGGACCUCUGGUACUGCUUCUACCUGUGCCUCGCCUGGCUUCCCCGGCAGGGGCAGCGGGGCAAGGACGCCCUUCCCUAUGAUGCCUUCGUGGUCUUCGACAAGGCGCAGAGCGCGGUGGCUGACUGGGUGUACAAUGAGCUGCGGGGGCGGCUGGAGGAGCGUCGUGGGCGCCGGGCGCUCCGCCUGUGUCUGGAGGAGCGCGACUGGCUUCCCGGCAAGACGCUCUUCGAGAACCUGUGGGCCUCGGUCUAUGGCAGCCACAAGACACUGUUCGUGUUGGCCCACACGGACCGGGUCAGUGGCCUCUUGCGUGCCAGCUUCCUGCUGGCACAGCAGCGCCUGCUGGAGGACCGCAAGGACGUCGUGGUGCUGGUGAUCUUGCGCCCUGACGCCCGCCGCUCCCGCUACGUGCAGCUGCGCCAGCGCCUCUGCCGCCGGAGUGUCCUCUUCUGGCCCCACCAGCCCAGUGGACAGAGCAGCUUCUGGGCCCAGCUGGGCACGGCCCUGACCAGGGACAAUCGUCACUUCUAUAACCGAAACUUCUGCCGGGGACCCAUGGCCGAAUAGCCCAGAGCAACAGUC